GCUCUGCCCAGCCACAUCAGCAUAACGUCUGAUGCGCCACUAUCCCCUACAGGCCCUACUCAUACUCCAGAUCAAAAGGAGAUGGUGAUGAGCCUGGACAACAGCUACCGCAUGCGCGGACUGAUCCAUUUGGCCGCUGUUUUGGACGAUGCUACCUUGCCAAAGCUCACACGCAGGCACUUGGAGAAAGCCUACGGUGCGAAGGUCUUUGGAGCCCGACAUCUGCGGCUUUGCCUCUCCAAGGCACAGCCUUUGGACUUCUCCAUGCUCUUCUCCUCGACCUCUGCUCUCCUGGGUUCACCUGGGCAGGGCAACUAUUCGGCAGCCAACAUGGCACUGGAUGCCCACGCGCGUUACUGGAAGGCCUUGGGCGAGACGGUGGUUGCCGUGCAGUGGGGCCCUUGGCGGGAAGUGGGCAUGGCCGCAAACAAGGGAACGGUCCAGCGCCUGAAGUCCCAGGGCUUGGGAUCCAUCGGCAACACGGUGGGUAUGGCUGCUCUUGCAGGCGCCUUGGGCUCCGCAUCACCCGUGGUGGCCGCAUGUCCAGUUCAUUGGGGCCAAUACCUGAAGCAGUUUGGCAAGGCAGUGCCUCCAUUCUACUCUCGCUUCCGCCGCGAGGCCGCAUCGGCCAGCCCUGCUGGCCCUACGGGUGGUCGGGCGCUGGCGCUGGGCGCGCGGGCAGCGCCAGCCGUGAGUGCGGACCAGGUGCAAUCCAUGGUCCUGGCAGUGGCUGGAGAAGUCACAGGUAGUGUGGUGGCUGCGCAGGAACCAUUGAUGGAAGCUGGCAUGGACUCGCUCUCCGCUGUCGAGUUCCGCAACCGUCUCUCCAAUGAGUUGCCAGGCGUGAAGCUGCCGAACACCUUGAUCUUCGACUAUCCGACGGUCAGUGCCAUCAGCAACUUCGCAGCCUCCCAGGUUGGAGCCACCAGUGGCUCAGCCGCGGCCUUUGCGGCGGUGCAAGGUGGCUUUGCAGGCCCCAGUGCUGGGCAAGCCGCCAGCAUCUCGGGCAUGGCAGCGACCCUGCCGGGGCGACGUGAUGAGGGCUUUUGGGAAGAUUUGCUGGAGAAGAAGGACUCGGUGGUGGAGAUCCCCUUCACUCGUUGGGAUUUGGAGAUGUACUACAGUCCGGAUCCGGAUGCCCCUGGAAAGACCUAUGCCAAGCACGGCGGUUUCAUCGAGGGCGCCGAGCUCUUCGAUCCCAGUUGCUUCGGGCUCAGCGCAGCCGAGGCUUCCAGUAUCGACCCGCAGCAGCGGCUGCUGUUGGAAGCUGCUCACACAGCCUUCACUGCAGCAGGCCGAGACAAGGAUCAGCUCAUGGGUGCAGAGGUGGGUGUCUUCGUGGGUCAGUGUCAGUACGAUUGGUUUGUGAUGGUUAGUGUGGGUGACAAGUUCAACCCCUACACUGGCACUGGCAUCUCAGCCUCCAUCAGUGCCAACCGCACGUCCUACAUUUUCGGUAUCAAGGGCCCGAGCGUCACGUGCGAUACUGCAUGCUCUUCAUCCUUGGUGGCGGCCGACGCAGCUCUGUCAUCCCUGCGACGCGGAACAGCCGAAGCAGCGCUUGCUGCGGGCACAAAUUUGAUCUUGGGCACCGGCCCUUACAUCAGUUUCAGCAAAGCAAAGAUGCUCUCGGAGGAUGGCAGGUGCUUCACCUUCGACGCUUCUGCCAAUGGCUAUGCCCGUGGUGAGGGUGUGGGUGCUGCCUUGCUCAGCCUUGAUGAUGCUGGUGCUGUGGCAGUUCGUGCCAGCCUAGCCGGUGCGGCAGCCAACCAGGAUGGCCGCUCGGCGUCGCUGACGGCGCCGAACGGGCCCUCACAGCAGGCAGUGAUCCGCCGUGCGUUGUUGGAAGCUUCCACGGACUCCAAGGAUGUGGGGCUCAUCGAAUGCCACGGCACUGGAACUGCCUUGGGCGAUCCCAUUGAGGUCGAUGCUCUCAAGGGCGUUUUGGGCGAGAACCGAACAGAUCCAUUGGUCUUGGGUGCAGCAAAGACCAACAUUGCACACCUCGAGGGUUCGGCGGGCAUUGCAGGAUUCUUGAAGAGCGUGCAUAUGUUGGAGAAGCGCCAAGCGCCACCAAACCUGCACUUCCAGAGCUUGAAUCCACACAUCGACAUGGAGGACUUCCCUGCAGUGAUCCCCACGGAGCUCCAGGAGCUGCCCAGUGGCACGUUGGCCUCAGGUCUUUCGUCCUUUGGCUUUGGCGGCACCAACGCACACUUGACCUUCGUAGCAGCGCCCAAGCCUGCGGCGCCCCCUGAGACGGCCAUCGCCUUCAGGCAUGCCUCUUUCCCCUGGCGGGAGACAGCUUACCGUUGCCUGCGCCGCAAAAUCAUGGAGGGCCGCGACACACACUUCGAAUGCACCAUCAAAUCGGAUCUUUUCAAGGUCUGUGCAGAGCAUGUGGCCUUCGGGGAGAUUGUGGUGCCAGGUGUGGUCUACGUGGAACACGCAAUGGAGGCUGUGAAGACAAUUGUUGGAAAAGAAGGAUAUCUCAAGGACUUGGCGAUGACCUGGCCCCUGGUGAUCCCAAAGAACGCUGAUGAGCCCACAGCCACCACCGUCUUCCUGCGCUUCUGCCAGAUGGGCGACAAGUUUGAGAUGAGAAGCUUGCGCGAGGGCAAUGACGAGAUGAUCACCCACUGUGAGGUGGAAGUUCCAGAAAUGUCACUGGUUAUCUAA